AUGCAUCUUCGACACGACGCGCGCCAGUUGGAGGCCCUUCGGCUCCUCCGCCUCCCGCCCGCCACCUUUGCGUCUGCACGCGGUGUGGCAGCCGACGGUGAAGCAACGGGCCGGCAGGGCGCGCAGUGGAUCCGGCUGUGCGACGCGGUGUGGGUGCGCGACGAGGCGCAGGAGGCUCGCAAUGCCCGCGUCCACCGCCUCUGCUGCGGCGUCGCUGAGCGGGACGUAACUGACGUGGAACUGCUGCUCCGGCUCGAGGCCGUGCUCCACCGCCACGUGUAUCGCCACGCGGCUGAAGGUGCAGUCCACCUCGCUCACAUCGAGAAUGGAGAGAGGCUCAAUGGUGCUGCCUGUCUCUUGCUGUCGUUUUUGUAUCUCGCUGGUCAGCAGUAG